UGGUACUUACUAAUACUUACUAUGCCGUUGCCAAUAAUUUGUAUUUUGUAAGCUGCAAUGUUAUUAAUUUGUUAUUGUUGAGAAUUUUAACGUUAAAUAAUCACGAUUAAUAUAAUUACAUCGAUGUAAUGGACGUUGUUUGUAAGUAAUUGAUCCGUUUUUUUUUUAUCUGCAACAAAUUAUAUGUAAAAAACGAAUAUAAAUGCCUGUUCGACAAACUUGAAAUAUUGUGACAAACUAUGGUUCCUCGCGUGACAUUGCUAGACGCACAAGUUCUCGAUGAAUAUAUUUCCAAAAUAUUUAUUGAUCAGACAGUUAGAGCUUUGAAAUUUUUACCGACAUGGAUUGUCAAUAACUUGAAUGUGGAAAUUAACACAUUACUACAAUGCCUUCUUACAUAUUAUUCAGUAUCGAAAUCAAAAGCAUCAUUUGGUCAACAACUUCUUGGUGUCAAGUAUAAAGCAGACCAGUUAACAGACAUUAAAUUAGUUCUGUUAAACGUAUUAACAAUCGGAGGAAAUUAUGUUGCAUCAAAAGUAGAAAGCCCUUCAAAAAACUUCAUAAACAAAUUUAAUGAUUUGAAAACAAUUUGUAUUGUUUUAAAAGUGGCUUCAUUUUUAAAUUUCUUGACGUUUCUUCGACAAGGCAAGUAUCCUACACUUACUCAACGAAUUUUAAAUCUAUCACAGGAAUCAACUCGUAGGAGAACUGUUGGUUAUGAAUAUAUGACUAGAGAAAUGUUAUGGCACGGUUUCUCUGAACUUUUGCUGUUCACAUUACCUUUAGUCAACUAUCAGUCGGUUAAACAUAAAGUCAAAAGACUGAUUUAUUCGUAUUCUUUAAGUGCAAGUGACAAAUGGAUCGACAAGUCGCCAAUAUUGAACGCUAGAACAGUGUGCACGAUAUGUCAAGACAAACCUGUUUUACCUCACCACAUGAAAUGUUCACAUGUAUUUUGUUAUUAUUGCAUUAAAACUAUGAGAAUGGUAGAUGAAAAAUUUGAAUGUCCAGACUGUUGCCACUACGACAGUGAUAUAUUACCUGUGAUAAUUGAUUAAGCGAGAAAUUGCCUAUCUAUGCUUACAAAUGGAAUUAUUAAUGGGAUAGGUUAUAGGUCGAUUGUUAAUUUUUAAGGUUUAUUUUUAUUAAAGAAUUUUCGUUGAUAAGUAAAUUUUUAUUAUAAGAAAUAUAAUUUGGUUAUUGUAUUACCCUACA